AGCAAAUCCUGUUCAGAGCUGUGAGUCCGAUACACCACCGGGUCUUCGUCCUAUUCUGCCGGGACAGAAUAAAAAUGCAUUGUGGUAGAAGUUAAAUUUAACAGUUGUAUGUGAUUUUGGUUGACAUCAGGCGUGGUUGUGUUGAUUUGCUUGUGCAAACAAAGAACUUUGUUUUCGGUUGUGAGCAGUUUUUUCAUAAACAUGGCUCCAACGAUUCAGACACAAGCUCAACGAGAAGACGGACACAGUAGGCCGUCCUCUCACAGAACUGUCCCAGAGAGGUCAGGAGUUGUCUGUCGAGUGAAGUACUGCAACAGCCUGCCUGACAUCCCUUUUGAUCCCAAGUUCAUCACCUAUCCAUUUGAUCAGCACAGGUUUGUACAGUAUAAAGCCACUUCUCUAGAGAAGCAACACAAGCAUGAGCUCCUGACUGAGCCAGACCUUGGGGUCACCAUUGAUCUCAUCAACCCAGACACCUACCGCAUAGACCCCAACAUAUUGUUGGAUCCUGCUGAUGAAAAACUGUUGGAAGAGGACAUCCAGGCUCCAUCCAGUUCAAAGAGGUCACAGCAGCAUGCCAAAGUAGUCCCAUGGAUGAGAAAGACAGAAUAUAUUUCUACAGAGUUUAACAGAUAUGGCGUUUCCAAUGAGAAAGUGGAAGUCAAGAUUGGUGUAUCUGUCAAACAACAGUUUACAGAGGAAGAGAUCUAUAAAGACAGAGACAGCCAGAUUUCUGCUAUUGAGAAGACAUUUGAGGAUGCACAGAAAUCGAUUACGCAGCACUACAGUAAACCCAGAGUUACUCCUGUGGAGAUACUACCUGUGUUCCCUGACUUCAAGAUGUGGAUCAACCCAUGUGCUCAGGUCAUCUUUGACUCUGAUCCUGCACCUAAAGACAUAUCAGGACCAGCAGGAGUGGAAAUGAUGUCUCAGGCCAUGAUCAGAGGUAUGAUGGAUGAGGAAGGAAAUCAGUUUGUGGCCUACUUCCUGCCCAAUGAAGACACACUUCGGAAGCGCAAGAGAGACUUUGAGGAAGGCAUGGAUUAUAUGCCUGAGGAUCUGUACGAUUACAAGAUAGCCAGGGAGUACAACUGGAACGUCAAGAACAAAGCCAGCAAGGGUUAUGAGGAGAACUACUUCUUUAUCUUCAGAGAUGGAGAUGGUGUUUACUACAAUGAGCUCGAGACAAGGGUGCGUCUGAGCAAGAGAAGAGCCAAGGCUGGAGCACAGUCAACCACAAACGCUGUGCUGGUGUGCAAGCACAGAGAGAUGAACGAGAAAGAGCUUGAGGCUCAGGAAGCACGUAAAGCUCAGCUGGAGAACCAUGAGCCAGAAGAUGAAGAGGAAGAUAUGGACAUGGAUAAGGACAUGCAGGACUCGGGUGAUGAGAAAGAGAAGGGCAGCGGCAGUGAGGCAGAGAACUCUGUUAGUGAAUCUGAGAGGGAGGAUGAAGACCGGGAACAAAGGGGAGAAGAUGACGAAGAGGAUGAGGACAGAGGGAAGAGAAGGAGGAAAGCAAGCGGCAGUGGAAGUGAAAGCGGCGAGGAGAGGACCAGAGAGAUGCGAGACGAGGAAGAGAUCUUCGGCAGUGACGAUGACAGUGACGACAACGAGCCGAAGAACUCAGCCAGGAGCAGCGGGGACGAGGGCAGUGGAAGUGAUGAUGAUGAAGGAGGGAACAGAGGAGGCAGCAGGAGUCGCAGUGCGUCUCCGGCACACAGCGACCGCAGCAGUGACCAUUCAGAGACCCAGGCUCAGAGUGGGAGUGGAAGUGACAGAGGCUCAGACUCCAGUGAUGCCAGUGACAGUGAAUGAGAUGUGUGGUCCGGACAGCAUGGUGACGGCCACCUAUCUUAUCUGUAUGUUCAGCUAUAAACAUUGAUGAUGAAAUAUCCAAUGAAAUUUGUGAGCAAGAUGCUCAUUGGUUUUUGGUUUGGGGACUCCUCUCUUCAAUCCAGUUUUUUAGAUUUAGCUCAAGCACCAGUAGUUAUUUGUAAACCAUUCCUCUGUUUUUGUCUGUCAAAUAUCCAGUAUAGGAUCGUGUAAAAAUGUGUCUGUCCUCUCAGCUUUUGACAUGUCAUUGUGUGGCAGCAUUGAAACUGAUAAUAAAUUACAGGUGGCAUUUUGUAGGAAA